GCAUUCCGUAAGCUAUUCCGGCAAGACAGUGAGAUAUUCCGACGUGCUUUGUGGCAAUUCCGUCGGGUAUCCGCCUUAUCGGCCGGCUAUGAAAAUCUUCACGGAAAAGCGCCCCUAUGACGGUUAAGCACUCCCAACCUGCCAACAUGAUCGCACUAGCGCAUAAGAACUACGAUGCACAAACGCUGGCGCAGAAAGUCAAACCCAGAGGUUUGGACUCUCCCUUCUAUUGUCACGCUAUUCGCGUUUGCGUCCCUUCAUUCCUGGGUUUCAAGGUCAAAUCGCCCGUAUCGUCAAUAGCGAGUCAGUUUGCUUCACCGUCUUUUUGAACAUUGAGAUCGAUGAUACCCCGCCAUGGCACACACCAGCACAUCCUCCUCAUCAGCGCCGGCCGGGCCUCCACCCGCGCAAUCGGAAAAGCAGUUCGCAUCCAUCAUACCAGAAGAGAGCAACCGCCUACAGCUAGAACCCACCAUCUCCGCUGUCAGUAACCAUGAUGAUAUGGCCGGCGUCUCCUACGUCGCGACGGGCGACAACGAUGAGGUUUACAACCGAUUCUCGGAGCGCCGUAAGAUGGUCAUAACAGCAGUCCUGUCCUUCUGUAGCUUUUUGGCGCCCGUCUCUUCCACAACCGUUCUGUCUGCUGUACCUGAGGUGGCCGCAACGUAUCAGUGCGAUGGCUCCAUUAUCAACCUGUCCAACGCAAUGUAUAUGCUAUUUAUGGGCAUCAGUCCUUGCUUCUAUGGACCGUUUGCGAGCAUCUACGGACGGAAAUGGGUCUCAGUAGCUAGUGCUGCACUGUUCUUCGCUUUCUCUAUCGGAACUGCCUUAGCACCUAACCUGGCUUCUUUCUUCAUCUUCCGGAUUCUGACCGCAUUCCAAGGAACCGCCUUCUUGGUUAUCGGAUCGAGCGUCAUUGGGGAUAUAUAUAAGCCAACUGAACGUGGGACGGCACUUGGUUGGUUCAUGUCUGGCACUCUCAUCGGCCCUGCUUUGGGGCCCUUUAUUGGAGGUAUAAUCGUUACCUUCUGCACGUGGCGAGACAUCUUCUGGCUACAGACGGCACUGGCCGGUGCGGCGACACUGUUCGUAUUCUUCCUUCAGCCGGAAACGAUUCAUUACAAGCGUUCUGAAGAACUGGGGGGCCUGCCGCGUCGAAAGAAAGCCCAUAAAAUGUGGCAGUGGCUCAAUCCGUUGAGGGUAAUUCGUCUCUACCGCUAUCCGAACCUCCUUACGGUCUCCCUGGCGUCUUCUUCCCUCGUUUGGAACAUGUAUUCGCUCCUAACGCCCAUUCGAUACGUCCUCAACCCACGAUUCAACCUCAAUUCGCCUCUACAAUCCGGCCUUUUUUACAUCGCUCCGGGCUGCGGAUACCUUCUUGGGACUUUCUUCGGCGGCCGCUAUGCGGACCACAUCGUCAAGAAGUACAUCAAGAUCAAAGGCCAGCGAGUUGCCGAAGACCGCCUCCGAAGCUGCCUUCCCUUCAUUGGCAUUGUGAUCCCCGCCUGCAUGGUGAUUUACGGGUGGACGGUUGAGCUGAAGAAGGGGGGGAUUGCGGUCCCGGUCAUUAUGAUGUUCCUCCAGGGUGUUGCGCAGCUGUUUUGCUUCCCGAGUCUGAACACGUACUGUCUGGAUGUUAUGCAGAAGAGAAGCGCUGAGGUUGUUGCUGGCAACUACAUGGUCCGAUACAUGUUCGCAGCAGCAGGUUCCGCAGUAUGCCUUCCUGCUGUCCGAGCUAUCGGCGUAGGGUGGUUUUCUACGAUUUCAGCGGUGUUUUUGGUUGUAGCGGCCAUUGCUACCUACGUUACGACAUUGCACGGUAAGCAAUGGCGAGACGCCGUAGAUGCUAGGAAAGCGGCGAAGAAAGAAGGAGAGAAUCAUGUCUAGGGCCCU